UUGAUUUAAAUUCGUUGAUUUAACUGAAUCGAGAUGAUCACUCCUAAUUUCAAGAUUAAUCAAGAUCCAAGGUACAUCCACCUGUUGAUCAAAGCGCCGAUGGCAAAAAUUGGUGAGACAUCAGUUGCUUUUGAUGACGAAAUGUUUUGUUUUCAUAGUAAACCUUAUUAUCUGAGGUUACAUUUACCUGGUAAAUUAGCAACUCAAGAUGGUUCGGAAAAAAUUGAUUGGGAUGGUGAAAAGAAUGAGUUUGUUAUUAGUUUGUUGAAGGCAACUGAAGGUGAACAUUUUAAUGAUCUUAAUAUGUUAACUAAAUUGUUGACCAAACCAAAUCAUCAGAAAAACAUCAAAUUAAACUCGGGAAUUGAAGUGUUGGAUCAAGAGGUGACUGAGGAUCAAGAAGAUUAUGAUUGGUAUAUUGAUCAAAGUGAAUGGACUGAAGAUGAGCAGAAAUCUCUUAUGGGGGAAAAGUAUGGAUUCGCUAAUCGUUAUUCUGGAAUUUUGAGUCGUUUUCUUGAUGAAAUCGGUGAUUUAUUGGAAUUAAAACAACCUGAGACUACAGAUAAUUGUGAACGCAAAGAAUUGAGGCUUCAAAAGGACAAAGAAAUGUUUGACGAAGAUCAUUACUGGUUCGAUUUGUACGAGCAAAAAGACACGAUAAAAGAUUUGAUUAGUUUCAAGCUUGACUGGGAAAAAACCACUGAUUGUGAUUCUUGUAAUUUUAACGAUGAACAAAUUUUCAGAAUGAAAAAUUUACCAAAAAGAGAAUAUCUUUUAUCAAAGAAAGAAAAGUUCCAACUUCUUCUUGGACUAAUUGAUAUUCUAUUCGCUUAUUCUUACGAUAUGAGAACAACUGAAGGUGAACAUACCUGCGAAUCUGGAUGGACAAUCAUCAAAUUAUCCGCGACUUUAUCUUGGUUACAGAUUCAUUCAACUCUCCCUGAAACUCUGGUCACUUGCGUCCAAAGAUCUUUGGUUCACCCAUUAUACCGUAAUUGGAAUUUAUCUUUAAAAGUCAUUAAUGAUGUCUAUCAAAUACUCACUAAAGGUCGAUCAUUUAUAAUCAAGUGUCUUCUUGAUGUCCAUCGGAUUCUCAAUGAAUCGGGAGAUUUACAAUAUAUUUUCAACGAUUUAUACAUAACCGAUUAUUGUGUUUGGAUACAAAAUGUUAGAGAGGAAACAUUUAGAUCUUUAGCUGAGGCCAUGAAAAAGAUUGAAAUCACGAAAGAAAUGAUUGGAUUCGAUUUACAGAUUAUCGAAAAAGCCGCCGAAUUGGCUUUUAAUGAGUCAAUUCAGUGAUCGAAAUAAAAUUGUCAUUCUUCAAUUGUAACUAAAGCUGAGGAAGAUUUUUCACCAACAAUUAAGAUAAUUAAUUACUCGAUGUACAUUAAUUUGUAAUUUUUUAUCAGAUCGAUCAAAAUAUUUAUUGAAAAAUCUAUUUCAUUUCAUUGUUAUUAAUUGUUAUUUGUUUUGUGAUAAUUUACGAAAUUACAAAGAAAAUUGUUGAUAAAAACCAAA